AUGGAACAGGGUCGGAUCGGCGAGGAGCAUCUGGCUGUAGCAGGGGAUGAGCUAGAAUCCGACGUCGCCGCCCGUGGCGUGAUUUUUGACGUUUUUGUUGGCCAUUUUGAAGACUUGAACGUCCUGUUUUUGAUGAAUAAGAGUUUCGAUAGCCGCCCGACCUCCACAUCGACUGGAGUUGUUGCCUCGUUGAUGACAGGCACCGAGACCCAGGUCGCAGACUAUCCAGUUCUCACAGCCAUCUCAUGGGGCGCACUACACCUCGAGGUCUGUCCCAGUCUUGGUGCCAGCAAGGGACAACGCAUCCUCAGAGUUGGUGCUGAGCCUCACCCCGCAGCCGUAGAAGGACGGCUUGCAGAUGCUGCUUUGAACUGCCCUGUGGGUAUGACUUUGAGGACAUAUGAACCACAAGAAUCCAGUCUUCCUGUCGUCUCAGCUCUCUUCAUGCUCUCUCCAUGUGGGAUCUAUACAAUCCCGGAAAAGCUAUAUGUCUUUGCUGUCGGCAGCAACCGCCGCCUGCUUCACGGCGUCUGCACGGCAAAGACGUGGGUCACGUAUGGCGGUGCCGGGGGCGACCACCUCGAGGAUUCUGGGGGGUUUCGUCACCUCGAUCCCAGACGUCGUAGCCCGAAGCGACGCCCGAGUCCACGUGUCUGCCAGGAGCGGCGACAGGUGGCUGCGGUGGAGGAGGGGGGCUGGGACAAGAGCGACUGGACCCAGUUGGACUUGGACAUUGAGCUUUUAGGCCCACAGGAGGCUAUCUGGCGGACCGAAGAUCGAAUCAAUGUUCUUUGGUGGGGCAGGGCCAAUGACUCGCCUCUGCACAGGUCGCCGAUCGCGGCAAGUGUAUAG